AGGAGAGACAGAGCAGCCAGGAGAGGAGGGAGACCGGCCAGGGGCUCAGCGAGCGAGGGGCCCGAGAAAGACGGGGACCCGAGAAGCCAGGGAUGCCGAGUCCCACGGUCCCCCCAGAGAGGGGACGCCUCCGCCUCCAAACCACCUCCGCCACGGGCCGGAUCCCACCCGGGGCCACGGUCCGGUUGGCAUUGCUGUUCCUGGCCCUGGGGCAGGCCGGAGCCGAUCCGGUGCGGAUGGAAGGAGAGUGUCUGGUUGUGUGUGAGCCCAGGGGGGCGGCCCUGGGAGAAGCCCCUCCGGGGCGCGUGGCCUUCGCCGCCGUCCGCAGCCACCACCACGAACCGGCCGGCGAGACGGGCAACGGCACCGGCGGGGCCAUCUACUUUGACCAGGUGCUGGUGAAUGAGGGCGGCGGCUUCGACCGGACCUCGGGCUACUUUGUGGCUCCCGUCCGGGGCGUCUACAACUUCCGCUUCCACGUGGUCAAGGUGUACAACCGCCAGACUGUCCAGGUGAGCCUGAUGCUGAACGCCUGGCCGGUGAUCUCGGCCUUCGCCAACGACCCUGACGUGACGCGGGAGGCGGCCACCAGCACCGUGCUGCUGCCCCUGGACCCCGGCGACCGGGUGUCCCUGCGCCUGCGGCGGGGGAACCUGCUGGGCGGCUGGAAGUUCUCCAGCUUCUCGGGCUUCCUCAUCUUCCCCCUCUGAAGCGGCUCUCCCUCCCUGAGGCCCGCGAAGCUGACCCGUGACCCCCUUCCCCUCCACCGGAGCACGGUGUAAGCCUGAAGCCGGCUCUCCCCGGGGGUCUUUGGCUGCUCCCCUCGACCCGCUCCUGGUUCUUGAUAAUAAACAGAGUUCGAAUCCCGGUUCCA